GAGUCGCCGUAGGGGCGGGGCGACGAAUAGACUGGCUGCUCCGGGGUCGGACUUCCGGCUGUCGCCCUGGGGGACGCGUUGUGUGGAGUCCUGGGGAGGUGGCACCCACUAGGGUCUUCGGUGACCCGAACCGCGGUGGCGGCCCCGCGGGCGUGAUGUUCCGGGGUUUGAGCAGUUGGUUUGGCUUGGAGCAGCCGGCGGCGGGUGGCCGGCAGUCCGAGGGAAACGGGCAGCCCAAGGGAGACGCUCCACCCCAGCAGCGCUCCGAGACGGUGGUGGAGUCGGCGGAGGGGGAGCCACAGCAAGCCGGGGACCAGGAGCUCCUUCACCAGGCCAAAGGCCUUGGCAACUAUCUGUUUAACUUUGCAACUGCUGCUACAAAAAAGAUAACUGAGUCAGUUGCUGAAACAGCACAAACCAUAAAGAAAUCAGUAGAAGAAGGAAAGAUAGAUGACAUCAUCGAUAAGACAAUUAUAGGAGAUUUCCAGAAGGAACAGAAAAAAUUUGUUGAGGAGCAGCAUACAAAAAAAUCAGAAGGAGCAGUGCCCCCAUGGGUUGAUAGUAAUGAUGAAGAAACAAUUCAACAACAAAUCUUGGCCCUAUCGGCUGACAAGAGGAAUUUCCUCCGUGACCCUCCAGCUGGUGUGCAGUUUAACUUUGACUUUGAUCAGAUGUACCCCGUCGCCUUGGUCAUGCUCCAGGAGGAUGAGCUGCUGAGCAGGAUGAGAUUUGCCCUUGUUCCUAAACUCGUUAAGGAAGAAGUGUUUUGGAGGAACUACUUCUACCGCGUGUCCCUGAUUAAGCAGUCGGCCCAGCUCACGGCCCUGGCGGCGCAGCAGCAGGCCGCGGGGAAGGAGGAGAAGAGCCUCGGCAGGGACGCCGAGCUGCCGCUAACAGAGGCAGUACGGCCCAAAACGCCACCUGUCGUAAUCAAAUCUCAACUUAAAACUCAAGAGGAUGAAGAGGAGAUUUCUACGAGCCCAGGUGUUUCUGAGUUUGUCAGUGAUGCCUUUGAUGCCUGUAACUUAAAUCAGGAGGAUCUGAGGAAGGAGAUGGAGCAGCUGGUGCUGGACAAAAAGGAAGAGGAGACAGUUGCACUUGAAGAGGAUUCUGCAGACUGGGAAAAAGAACUACAACAGGAACUUCAGGAAUAUGAAGUGGUGACAGAAUCAGAGAAACGAGAUGAAAACUGGGAUAAGGAAAUAGAGAAAAUGCUGCAGGAGGAAAAUUAGCCAUCUCCUGAAAUAAAAGAAUAAUCCUUAACAUUCUGUAACUGACAUUAAUUUCUAGAUGUCGAUGCUUGCUGAAUCAGAAGGCACAAAAGAAUAUAACUUUAUGAAAUUCAAAAUUAGUCUUUUUUUCAAGCUGAAACUUGCCUCUUCUACUUAAAAAAAGUACAUAGGACGGUUAUUCUAAUAAUCAAAAAGGGAUGUUUUAUGUAACAUUUCUUUAGUAUAAAUAGUCUAACUAGAGAUGUUCUUGUAGUUGAUGCAGACAUCUUUGUCACAGAAACAUAAGUAAAAUUUUAGAGUUCUGUUUUCCGUGAGGUCAAAAAUAUGAUAUAUUCUUCAGUUGUGGUUUUCUAAACAUUUGUACUUCUUGUUGCAUUUUUGUUGAUACAUAUAUGUUAAAGUACUUAUCUAAUGGAUCAAUAACUGUCAAAAUGACCAAAUUGUACCAAAGAACUUAAGAGGAAGCACUUUCAGAACUAUUUUCUUGCAAGUAUUUUCUAAAAUUCCAUCUGGAAACCAAAAGAUAAAAUAAUUAUGUUGAUUAUAAUGAUACAGACAUCACACGGUUUGACAUGGAGAAAUACUGUGCAAAAACAUUUGUUUUUCUUCGGGGCCUUUUUUUUAAACUAUACCACAUUUAAUACUGUUUUCCUAAAUUUUACGUCGUGGUUUUUGUAGAAAGCAGGGCCUUUCAUCCUUUUUGUAUUAAUGACUGUCACAAGCCCAUUCACCUUAAAGUCUCCUGUUGUUUAAAUCGUCAUCACAUACAAAUGUUUUUUGCUUUUUUGGUCUUAAUUAAACUGUCAGUCUUUAUAAAAUUGUGUUGUCUGAGUACAACUUUUGGAACUUAAUUGGUCAGUCCUGCCUGGAUUCCGCUCCACCAGCAGGACCGUUCACAAAACACGGUUACUUGAAAAGGACAGGUGGCUGAACAUCAUAACACUCCAUGGCAUUUGCUUUCAGUAACUUGGGUUUUUCAAGGAGCCUUUCAUAAAGGGGAAUAGAAUGAAGGUAAUUCUUUAUAAGAAACAUGUACAUAUUUCUGUUCUUGAAAAAUUAGUCCCUGGUCCUUUGGCAAAGAUAUAGUCAACUAGAGAAUUGGUGAGGGUGCAAGCCUUACUCUUGGGUUUGUAUUUGGGAUCUGCUUGUGCGAAUAAGUCAGACUUCCUCGGCGAGGACUGCAGGUUUGUAUCUGAUGAAACCCCUGACCCCAUCAUCGAGAGAUUUCCACUUUUGGUGCCACAGUUUCUGUUUACUGAGUUUGAGCCCAGAGAUGGGUCUGGCAAUUUCUGAAAUAAUCCCAUUGAAGGGAAAAAUUUCUUUGCUUUUUAAUAGAGUUUUCUAGAGGGGAAGAAAUACAUUAAAUGUUUUUAAGUAGUUAAAAAUCCUAAAUGUAAGCAGAUCAGAAUAUGACAGUGCUUAGCUGUUAGUAUAUGCACUAAAAUUCUUAUCGAUGAAUAUUGAAUAAAUACAAAAAAGGAAAGUUUUCAGAGAAAGAAACAAAACCUAAAGUGACAAUUGAAAUAUGUAUGGUUGUUGCUAUCAAUUUUACAUGAUACUCCUCUUGCCUGAUUGUCUAUUGCCUAAUUGUGUGUUGUCCUGUGGAAAUAAAAUAAGAUUUUAUACACAGCAUAAAAA